AGCCUUUCCUGAGUCCAAGAAACCGUGAAGCUCACAAUUCAGCAUGUCAGUUCUCUACAUCAACUGAAAUAACUGGUGAUGUUGGUACUAAUUUAAUUGGUGCCUGCACCAGCCCAGCGACCCUUGAACACUCAGAAUUUCCAAACAGAGAAUUCCAACACUAUCAGGUGACACGAAAUUUCUUCUGUGACUGGUCUCUAUGCAAAACCUUUCUGGCUUGUCUCUUAGCCUGUGUGAUAACGACAGCAAUUGGAGUACUCAUAGUAUCCCUGGUAUAUAAUGGGAAAAAUAAUAAUGCCUCCAUUGUUAUCCAAUUUCCCCAAAGCCAUGGAACACCCUCAUCUGCCACUGGAAUAACCUCAUCUAUAGAUUCUCAACCUACUGUUACCACUAUAAUAAAUUCUACCACAAAAUCCACUUCACCUAAACCUACUAUUAUAGGAACCACUGCAAGCACUUCUAUAGAACCUACCAGCACAAUGACCUCCAAUAAUACUUCAGCUGCAACUACAAUAUCACCAGCCACCACUUCAACUGAAGCCACAGCCACAACAGCAGGAAUUUCCACAGAAGCUACAACCAAAACAGCCACCACUAACACUUCCACUGAAUACACAUCCGCAACAACAACAAGCAAUGCAACUGAACAGUCCACCACAACAACUGCAAGCACUUCCACUGAGUCUACAAUCACAACAGCCACCACUGCCACCUCUACUGAACCCACAACCACAACAACAGCCAGUAGUGCAACUGAACAGUCUGCCACCACAACUGUAGGCACUUCCACUGUGACUACAACCACAACAGCCACCACUACCACGUCUACUGAAUCCACAACCACACCAGUCAGCACUGCAACUGAACAGUCUGCCACCACAACUGCUGGCACUUCCACUGAGAUAACAGCCACAACAGCCACCACCACAACCUCUACUGACUCCACAGCCACAACAACAGCCAGCACUGCAACUGAAAAGGAUGCCACUACAACUGCAGGCACGUCCACUGAGGCUACAUCCACCACAGCCACCACUACCACUUCUGCUGAACCCACGACAACCACAGCAAGCACAGCAACUGAACAGUCUGCCACCACAACUGCUGGCACUUCCAUUGAGACUACAACCACAACAGCCACCACUCCCACCUCUACUGAACCCACAACCACAACAACAGCCAGCACUGCAACUGAACAGUCUGCCACCACAACUGCUGGCACUUCCACUGAGGUUACAACUACAACAGCCACUACUACCACUUCUACUGAAUACACAAUGACAACCACAGCAAGCACUGCAACUGAACAGCCUGCCACCACAACUGCAGGAACUUCCACUGAGACUACAACCACAGCAACCACCACAACCACUUCUACUGAGCCCACAACCAAAAUGACAGCCAGCAUUGCAACUGAACAGUCUGCCACCACAACUGCAGGCACUUCCACUGAGGCUACAACCCCAUCAGCCACCACUACCACCUCUAAUGAACCCACAACCACAACAGCCAGUACUGCAUCUGAACACUCUGCCACCACAACUACUGACACUUCCACUGAGGCUACAUCCACAACAGCCACCACUACCACAUCUACUGAACCCACAAUGAAAACCACAGGAAGCACUGCAACUGAACAGUCUGCCACCACAACUGCAGCCACUGCUACUGAGACUACAACCACAGCAGCCACCACUGCCACCUCUACUGAACCUACAACCACAACAGCAGCUAGCACUACAACUGAACAGUCUGCCACAAGAACUGGAGGUACUUCCACUGGAGUUACAACCACAGCAGACACCACUGCCAUGUCUACUGAACCCAGUACUACAACAACUGGCACUGCCAGUGAACAGUCUGCCACCACGACUGCAGGCACUUCUAUUGAGGCAACAACCACAACAGCUACCACUACCACCUCUACUGAACCCACCACCACCACAACAGCCAGCCCUGUAACUGAACAGUCUGCCACCACAACUGCAGGCACUUCCACUGAGACAACAGCCACAACAGCCACCACUACCACAUCUACUCAACUCACAAUGACAACCACAGGAAGCACUGCAACUGAACAGUCUGCCACCACAACUGCAGCCACUGCUACUGAGACUAAAACGAUAACAGCCACCACUGCCACCUCUACUGAACCCACAACCACAACAACAGCCAGCACUACAACUGAACAGUCUGCCACAACAACUGGAGGUACUUCAAGUGGAGUUACAACCACAACAGCAACCACUAGCACCUCUACUGAACCCAGCACUACGACAAUUGGCACUGCGACUGAACAGUCUGCCACCACAACUGCAGGCACUUCCAUUGAGACUACAACCACAACAGCCAUUACUACCACCUCUACUGAACCCACCACCACCACAACAGCCAGCCCUGUAACUGAACAGUCUGCCAACACAACUACAGGCACUUCCACUGAGACAACAGCUACAACAGCCACUGCUACCACUUCUACUGAACCCACAAUGACAACCAGAGCAAGCACUGCAAGUGAACAGUCUGCCACCACAACUGCAGCCAGGGUCACUGAGACUACAACUACAACAGCCACCACUGCCACCUCUACUGAACCCACAACCACAACAACAGCCAGGACUGUAACUGAACAGUCUGCCAUCACAACUGUAGGCACUUACACUGAGACUACAACCCCAUCAGCCACCACUACCACUUCUACUGAACCCUCAACCACAACAACAGCCAGCACUACAGCUGAACAGUCUGCCACCACAACUGCAGGCACUUCCACUGAGACAACAACCACAACAGCCACCACUACCACAUCUACUGAACCCACAAUGACAACCACAGCAAGCACUGCAACUGAACAGUCUGCCACCACAACUGCAGCCACUGCUACUGAGACUACAACCACAGCAGCCACCACUGCCACCUCUACUGAACCCACAACCACAACAACAGCCAGCACUACAACUGAACAGUCUGCCACAACAACUGGAGGUACUUCAAGUGGAGUUACAACCACAACAGCAACCACUAGCACCUCUACUGAACCCAGCGGUAUGACAAUCGGCACUACGACUGACCAGUCCGCCACCACAACUGCAGGCACUUCCAUUGAGACUACAACCACAACAGCCAUUACUACCACCUCUACUGAACCCACCACCACCACAACAGCCAGCCCUGUAACUGAACAGUCUGCCAACACAACUACAGGCACUUCCACUGAGACAACAGCCACAACAGCCACCACUACAGCUUCUACUGAACCCACAAUGACAACCAGAGCAAGCACUGCAACUGAACAGCCUGCCACUGCAACUGCAGCCACGGCCACUGAGACUACAACUACAGCAGCCACCACUGCCACCUCUACUGAACACACAACCACAACAACAGCCAGGACUGUAACUGAACAGUCUGCCAUCACAACUGUAAGCACUUACACUGAGACUACAACCCCAUCAGCCACCACUACCACUUCUACUGAACCCACAACCACAACAACAGCCAGCAGUGCAACUGAACAGUCUGCCACCACAAUUGCAGGCACUUCCAGUGAGACAACAACCACAACAGCCACCACUACCACAUCUACUGAACCCACAAUGACAACCACAGCAAGCACUGCAACUGAACAGUCUGCCACCACAACUGCAGCCACUGCUACUGAGACUACAACCACAGCAGCCACCACUGCCACCUCUACUGAACCCACAACCACAACAACAGCCAGCACUACAACUGAACAGUCUGCCACAACAACUGGAGGUACUUCAAGUGGAGUUACAACCACAACAGCAACCACUAGCACCUCUACUGAACCCAGCGGUAUGACAAUCGGCACUGCGACUGACCAGUCCACCACCACAACUGCAGGCACUUCCAUUGAGACUACAACCACAACAGCCAUUACUACCACCUCUACUGAACCCACCACCACCACAACAGCCAGCCCUGUAACUGAACAGUCUGCCAACACAACUACAGGCACUUCCACUGAGACAACAGCCACAACAGCCACCACUACAGCUUCUACUGAACCCACAAUGACAACCACAGCAAGCACUGCAACUGAACAGCCUGCCACUGCAACUGCAGCCACGGCCACUGAGACUACAACUACAGCAGCCACCACUGCCACCUCUACUGAACACACAACCACAACAACAGCCAGGACUGUAACUGAACAGUCUGCCAUCACAACUGUAAGCACUUACACUGAGACUACAACCCCAUUAGCCACCACUACCACUUCUACUGAACCCACAACCACAACAACAGCCAGCAGUGCAACUGAACAGUCUGCCACCACAAUUGCAGGCACUUCCAGUGAGACAACAACCACAACAGCCACCACUACCACAUCUACUGAACCCACAAUGACAACCACAGGAAGCACUGCAACUGAACAGUCUGCCACCAUAACUGUAGCCACUGCUACUGAGACUACAACCAUAACAGCCACCACUGCCACCUCUACUGAACCCACAACCACAACAACAGCCAGCACUACAACUGAACAGUCUGCCACAACAACUGGAGGUACUUCAAGUGGAGUUACAACCACAACAGCAACCACUAGCACCUCUACUGAACCCAGCGGUAUGACAAUCGGCACUGCGACUGACCAGUCCGCCACCACAACUGCAGGCACUUCCAUUGAGACUACAACCACAACAGCCAUUACUACCACCUCUACUGAACCCACCACCACCACAACAGCCAGCCCUGUAACUGAACAGUCUGCCAACACAACUACAGGCACUUCCACUGAGACAACAGCCACAACAGCCACCACUACAGCUUCUACUGAACCCACAAUGACAACCAGAGCAAGCACUGCAAGUGAACAGUCUGCCACCACAACUGCAGCCAGGGUCACUGAGACUACAACUACAGCAGCCACCACUGCCACCUCUACUGAACCCACAACCACAACAAUAGCCAGGACUGUAACUGAACAGUCUGCCAUCACAACUGUAGGCACUUACACUGAGGCUACAACCCCAUCAGCCACCACUACCACUUCUACUGAACCCACAACCACAACAACAGCCAGCACUACAGCUGAGCAGUCUGCCACCACAACUGCAGGCACUUCCACUGAGACAACAACCACAACAGCCACCACUACCACUUCUACUGAACCCACAAUGACAACCACAGCAAGCACUGUAACUGAACAGUCUGCCACCAGAACUGCAGGCACUUUCACUGACACUUCUACCACAAUAGCCACCACUGCCACCUCUUCCGAAUCCAGUAGUAGAGCAACACCUGGCACUGCAAGUGAACAGUCUGCCACAACAACUGCUGGCCUUUCCACUGAGACUACAACAACCACAGCCACCACUACCACCUCUACUGAACCAAGCACUACAACAGCAGCCAGCACUACAACUCAAUAGUCUGCCAUAACAACUGCAGGCACUUUCUCUGAGGCUACAACCACAACAGCCACCGCUACCAACCUUACUGAACCCACAACCACAACAACAGCCAGCACUGCAACUGAACAGUCUGCCACAACAAGUGCAGGCACUUCCACUGAAGCUACAACCACCACAGCCACCACUGCCAUCUGUACUGACCCUGAAACCACAACAACAGCCAGCACUGCAACUGAACAGUCUGCCACAACAACUGCAGGCACUUCCACUGAUACUGCUACCACAGUUACCACCACUGCCACCUCUACUGAGCCUGGCACUACAACAGCCAGCAUUGAAACGGACAAGUUUGCCACAAGUGCAGCAACUUCUGCUGAGUCUUCAACCACAUUGGCCACCACCACUGCUUCCUCAGAAAUCACCACUUCAAUCCAACAAGCCACCUAAUUGCCAGCACUUUUACUGAGGCUGCCACCAUGGUGAGCACUACUACCUCCUCUACUUGAUCUACAACACCAAUAGCAACAAGUACCUCCAUUGAAACAGCCACCAUAAUAACAUCAGGCCCUUCCACUGUGGCUACAACUACAACAACCACCACUCUCCCUUCUACUGUACCCAUAAGCACAAUAGCAGCUAGCACUGAAAGUAAACAGACUACCACAAUGACUGUGGGUACUUGCAUAGUGGGUACAACCAAAAUUGCCACUGCUAAUGCCCUCACUGAGUAUACAACCACAAUAGUAGCCAUGAUGCCCACUGAACAGACUAGUGCAACUGCAGGGACUUCCACUGAGCCAUCAAUCACAGUGAUCCCAACUCUGCUUCUACUAAAUCUUCAACCACAACUACAGCCACCAGUUCACCUGAACUGACCACCACAACAACUGCAGGCACUCCGACUCAGGCUACAACCACAAAAUCCCCAUUACUACUUCUACUGAACCCACCACUCCAACAGCAUCCACCUCUUUGACUGAACUAAACCUGGAAAACAGAAAUAGCCACCAUUUUUACUAUGGUCAUUACCAUAACAAUCAUAGGCAGCAUUUCUACUAGCCUGUUAGUAUAAGAGCCAGGACAAUUGCUUCAAAAGAACCAAUUAUCACAACAGCAGCCAUUCCUUCAAUUUAACCACAAACCACACAACCAUAUAUAGCACUUCAGCUGAAUUUAACAGAACGACAACAUGGACCUCAUCUAAUGAGU